AUGACGAGUCAGGGGGGUGGCUUGAUGCGUUGGCUGGCCGAGGAGGCGACCAAGACGUUGCAGGACGCGUUGGAGCUACAGGACAAGCCAGAGCCGGAGGAGGCGCCAUUCCAACACAAAUAUGAGGCACGAAAGUUGUUGGUUCUUUUGCAGGCUCAGCUUGCCAUGCAGCCCUCCGACACUGGAGAUGCUGAUGUCGAUGCAGAACAGAUCAAGAGCGAGUCCUUGGCCCGCAUCCUCUUUCAACUCGGUGUUAACCACAGUGAAAGUGAAGAAACCAGCGAAGGCCAGAAGCUACUGGACCGCGCUCGAGAAAUCAUUGCUGAUGAUGUGGACGCCAACCUGCAGCCGAGACGCGUGGCUCUUGCCAUCGCCAUUCACAAUCAUCUCGGCAUCGUCUGGGCGGGUUUGGGCGAGGUUGAACAGGCCAUGAACCACCUGCAGCAAGCAGACCGACUCUACCGGACCUUUGUCGCUGAUCAUGAUCCAGCCACCGCCUGGCUCCACACCGAAUUUGUGGACCGAUGCUCAGGAGAAGAGCGACGCAAGGGUCUAGAAACUGCCCACACCCUCACAUCUUUCUAUCUGGCUCAGGCCUACGGCAACCUUGGCCAGCGUCCCAAGAUGGCCGAAUACAUUCAACGCACGCUGCAACGGCAGCUCGAAUUCGACGCUUACCAGCCCCUGGAAUGGGCUGUGCACGCCGCUGCGCUGUCACAAUACUUCAUGACCGAAGCCAUGUGGCAGGCUGCUCGUCAUUGCCUGGCAUGUGCAAGCUUCAUGCGCGUGGCUGAUGUUGAGCGAAGCGGUCCGCUGGCUCCUAUGGACAUGGCAUCUGGGGAAGAGGAGGAGCGACAGCGACAGCACGCGAGCAUUAGCAUGUGCUGGGUCAAGUAUUUCCUCAACCUCUUGGAUGAGGGGAAACGACAGGCCACUGAGGAGGCUUCGAUCAAAGAGGUGGCUUCGCAAGACUUUGUGCGCUUCGACCUGGACGUCCUGCCCUAUGAAGAUGAUACACCUGUCCGACCACCCACAGACUAUGAGACAGCCAAGCAUUGCUACAUCCAUGGCACGCGACAUUUGAAUGAAGCACUCAAAUUCUACACGCUUCAAGACCAUGCCACGGAUCACGUGGCUUGCUUGCAAGACAAUAGCGCUUUUUUCCGACAUCUUGCAGACUACACACCAGACCCAGACAUUGCCAGCAAAAUGCACAAGCGCCGUGCCGAUCUCCUCGAGGCCAUCGCGGGGCAGCUAAACAGCCAGUACUUUUUGGCCGUGUGCAAGCAGCUUCGAUUCGAGCUCGGCGAGAUCUACAUGGAGAUGUACAACAUCAAGUACCAACGACUCAAGGAUUCAGGAGACCCCGACCCCAAGGCAAUCGCCAAAGUCAACCGCUUGAUUGCUCUGGGUCGCAAGAACUUCAUCACAUUCAUUGCUAAGCGACCAGACUUGCCCUAUGCUGCAUGUUUCCCCCGCACGUACCCACCGGCACGAAUUGGGAUGGGUAGGAGCAGCCAUGUGCUGACGGCAGACGUGAAUGAGCUCAUCCAAUUUCACGAGGAUAGUCUGAUGCGUUACACUUACAUCGUCGACUAUUGCAACAAGCAUCCAGUCCCAAAUUUUGAGGUGCGCUAA